CGCAGAGGAGACUAGUGUGGUCCCCUAACGACAGAUUCAUGCCAUCGCCGUUUUAUUCAACGGCCCGUUUAUUUCACACUGGAUGCGGAACAGUUAAUCAAUUCAAUUCAUAGAGAACAAGCGCAGUCGAUCACAGGCCGGAGUAACGCUCACUGCAUGACCUUGCAUUGAAUGUCAUUUUAGACGGAUUUUUCUUAAAGCACCGACACGGUCAUCGGCCACAGACAUGGAGAUUGUCACACAUUUAAUUAAUGACACCAUAGAGUUCUACAAAUGGACCCUAACUAUCGCAGACAAGCGAGUGGAGAAAUGGCCUCUGAUGGACAACCCCUUGCCCACGCUGGCCAUCAGCACCUCCUACCUGCUAUUCCUCUGGCUGGGGCCCAAAUACAUGAAGAACAGAGAGCCCUUCCAGCUCCGCAAAACCCUCAUAGUCUACAACUUCAGCAUGGUCUUCCUCAACUUCUUCAUCUUUAAAGAGCUGUUUAUGGCAGCGCGGUCAGCAAGCUACAGCUACAUCUGUCAACGGGUGGACUAUUCAGAGGACCCCAAUGAAGUCAGGGUGGCAGGAGCUCUGUGGUGGUAUUUCAUCUCUAAGGGCAUCGAGUAUCUGGACACGGUGUUUUUCAUCCUGAGGAAAAAGUUCAACCAGGUUACUUUCUUGCAUGUCUACCACCACUGCACCAUGUUCACUCUGUGGUGGAUCGGCAUCAAGUGGGUGGCAGGAGGACAGUCAUUCUUUGGGGCCCACAUGAACGCAGCCAUCCACGUCUUGAUGUAUCUGUAUUAUGGCCUGGCUUCCUGUGGACCUAAGAUCCAGAAGUACCUGUGGUGGAAGAAGUACUUGACCAUCAUCCAGAUGGUCCAGUUCCACGUCACCAUCGGCCACACAGCCCUGUCCCUCUACGUCAACUGCGACUUCCCCCACUGGAUGCACUACUCCCUCAUCUGCUACGCCAUCACCUUCAUCGUCCUCUUCGGCAACUUCUACUACCAGACCUACCGCCGCCAACAGCCCAGACGUGACGCCUCCUCCUCCAAAGGGGGUAAGGCCCUCUCUAACGGGACCCUCAACGGGCUCAGCAAGGCCGCCAACGGGGCAAUGGUGACGGGGAGCAAAGAGGAGAAGCCCCAGGAGAACUCUGGGAGGAGAAAGAGGAAAGGAAGGGCUAAAAGAGAUUAG